AUGACCGGUGACAGCGACGGCGAUGGGGGCGCAAUGGGACCGCCAGGAGCAGACGAAAGGCGAAUUGAGGACCCGGACAAAGUCGCGAAAUUCAGGGAGGCGAUAGGCAAGAAUUGCGCUCUCCAGGAGAGGCUUUCGGCCUUGAUCGAGGCCGUGGACAGGGCGCUUGAAGCCAACGGAAAGACGGGGGCGCUGGUGUCUGGAUUGAGGACAAUGAAAAGACCCAGGGGCGGUCAGACAGGAGGCCACGACUUGGUGCAAGCGGAACACCUUGACUAUUGUCAGCGACAGUUGGCUUCUCACUGGGGCCAAGGCAGCUUGAAGCCCAACCCCACAAAAGAGGCUGCUGCUGUCCUUCCCCUUCUGCAGCGAAUGCCCACCAAGUUCAGGCAUUCCACCUUGUGGACCAAAGAUGAGCAGCAGAGGCUGGCCCAUGGCUUGCUGGCACGCCUAGAGGAAAGAUUGAGCAGCGAUGUCCUAGCAGCUUUGCGGGAGGGACGCAAUGCCUCACUGUUCACUCCAGCUAAUUUGAGGUCCGUCAUGGAUGAAAUCAGGACAGUGCAGCUGGACAACCCUCUGGCUCUCCGGACUGUGGCAGCUUUCUCUGAGGCAGACUGGGAAAGCGUUGCAAAGAGGGGGGUGCACACCAGGUGUGCCUUUGAAUGCAAGCAAUAUUGGAACUGCUUUGGACGCCCGGACAGGAGGCGAGGGCCUGUGCUCAGCUCAGAAGCCAAGAUAAUACAGCAGCUUGCUCUUAAGUACAACGAGCGCAAUUGGGUGCAAAUUGCAGAGGAGCUGGGUACAGGCCGGCAUCCAGCAGAGUGCCUUGGCUUCUACCGCCGUCACAUGCAGAAUUCUGGGUCUCUUCGCUGGACUACUGAGGCAGAUUCCAAAUUGGUCGAAAGCGUGCAGAAGCAUGGGACCCACAAUUGGCAGACCAUUGCCGAGGCUGUUGGGUGUGAUGUGAAUUCGUGCAAGUAUCGCUGGGAGUAUGUGCUAAGCCGAAAAGGCAGAAAGCGAGGAAAAUGGACCAAGCACGAGGACUUGCAGCUAUUGAAGGGAAUCAAGAAGUUUGGAAAGGUGUGGGUGAAGGUAAUGACCUUCGUGCCCACAAGAACAGAGAUCCAGUGCAAUGAGCGAUGGUACAAUCAGCUCGAUCCCUCGAUCGACCGGAGCGCGUGGUCGAAUGAGGAAUGCCAAAAUUUGAGAGCAUUGGUCCAUGAGUGCAGGGAUCGCUACGGCAAGCUCAAAUGGUCAAUCAUUGCAGCACAUUUCCCUGGCCGGACAGACAGCAUGGUGUCUCGCAAGUGGGCCAAGCUUGAGAAGGCCACAGGCACCAGAGGUCUGGGGCGGAAACGCAAGAGGAGCCCCUGCGAUUCACCAGUGCCAGGCCAGGCACAGACUCGGCCUGCCAGCAAUGAGGAGGGUGGCUCGGGGCAGCCUCCUGUGCCUGAAACGGACGGUGCCGAGAACAGGGUUGAAUGUGGCAGAGGUGUGCCUCGUCUGCUGGAGCCGCCAGGAAAUGUGGGGGUGCAGCUACAGAGGCGGGACAGGAUGUGUGAGGAGAGAGAGGCAGAGUACAUUGGCGCUUUGAUUGCCUUUUUGGAAGAAGAAGUGAUGCUGGGAAGGGGAGAGGAUCCGGGUGGGAAGAAGGGGGGAGGAUAUGGCGACAUGGUUCCAGGGGAGGUGUUGCAUGUGCCAGACGAGGGGACCAUGCGCCUUGUUGAGGGGCUUAGCGGAGAGCUGGCAGAAAGGAGUUUUGUGUCCAUGUAG